AUGCCCUUAUUCCUCUUCCGCACAUGGACCCCACCCUCUCGUCCCUUAGCCUCCAGCUGCUUAAUCUCCCUCCUCCACGGCGUCUCCGCCGCCUACCUCGCCGCCAACGCCCUCAUCUCCGACCCCACCCGCGGCUUCUCCUCCCCCAACACCCUAUCCCAGAACUCCGUCCUCGACUUCAGCUCCGCCUACUUCCUCGCCGACCUCCUCCACCUCGCCGUCUUCCCCUCCCCCGCCGGCGGAGACGGGCUCUUCGCCGCCGUGCUCUUCUUCUUCCUCACGUGCCGUAUUUGGUAUCUCACGGCGCGUGCGCUUUACUCGCGCUCCUCAUCGUCGCCGAGGCGACCAGCGCGUGUCAGAAUUCGUGGACGCUUGCAGAGGUGCGUGGUCCAGACGUGCCUAUCGCGGCGAGUCUGCGUCGGUUCGUUACGGUGCCGUUUUACGCAUCUUAUAGUGUUUGUAGGUGCGUUUUAG